AUGGAGUCCAGAGAGCAGCCUAGCGGUGACCAUCUGCCUGGAAACUCCGCCCUUGAGCAACAAACGCCACACCAAGGCCAAAGUGACAAUAAUCCAGAUGCUGAUGAAGUUGAGCUCCUAUGGAAGCUAAGGAAGUACUUGAUCCUGAUGGCUAUCCUAGCUGCUGCCAUAACAUAUCAGGCAGGGCUGGCUCCGCCUGGGGGAUUCUGGCAAGACAACCAGGAUGGCCACACUGCAGGUGACAUCGUGCUGAGAGUUAGCUACCCGAAGCGGUACCAUAUUUUCUUCUACUGCAACACAACAGCAUUUGCGGCAUCACUGAUUGUCCUGAUAUUGCUCCUGGUUAGGGAGCUGAACCGCAAUGCAGUUUGGCUUUGGCCACUACAAUUCGCUAUGGUAUUGGGCUUGCUUGGGCUCAUGGGGGCCUAUGCUGCCGGGAGCUACAGGGAGGUGAGGACUUCAGUUUACAUUUGGGUAUUACUUGUUGGCAUCUUCGCAUAUGUCACACUCCGUGUCAUAUUCUUCCGGCAUAUGGCACCUAAAUGGCUGCGGGAUAUGUUCAUGGGUAUCCGGAGUCUCUGGAAGGAUUUCCUGGGUAAAAUUUUCAAGAACGCACAGAGCAGGUCAGAUGAGCAGGAGCCUUCUGACAAGAUGGAGGAAUUGGAGCAAAAUCAUAGUUUCUUACUAGUUCUUGCCACAUUAGCAGCAUCAGUGACAUAUAUUGCAGGUCUAAGCCCACCAGGUGGCUUCUGGCCUGACAACAAGAAGCCUCAAUAUCUUGCUGGUGACCCAGUGCUGCUAGAGCACCACCCCUGUAGGUUCAAGGCAUUCUUGGUCUGCAAUGCAACAUCUUUUGCUGGAUCCCUUGUGAUCAUCAUCAUGCUCCUCAGUAAUACAGCAGUGGAUCAUGUUGUCAAGUCAAAUGCUCUGUGGUUGUGUGUGCUUGUGAGCCUAGUUGGGCUUAUGGGGGCUUAUGGUGCUGGGAGCUGCAGGGAGGUCUGUACAUCUCUCUAUGUGUUCUGUCUUGUUGGUGAAGUUUUGCUCUACCUCUUCCUCCAGUGGAUCGAACCUUUUGUGACAAAGCCAGCAUGUGUAGAGAAGUCCAUUGGAUGGAUGAGGGAGAAGAAGAAUGAAGUGCUCUAUAAAUUGUGCUCUUUUAUUGAGAACGGGAGUGGGAUUCCAAACAAUGACAGAGAUUCUACCCUGUCAGGGCCCACUACACAACAUCCAUCCAACAAAAGCAUGUCAAGCAUUUCUGGUGAUGCAAAGGAUGACCUACAGAAAUUGCACACAUAUCUCCUAUUGCUUGGCAUCCUUGCUGCCACCGUCACUUAUCAAGCUAGGCUCAAUCCACCUGGUGGCUUUUGGGUAGACAGUGUUGAUGGGCAUAUUGCAGGGGACCCAAUCUUGGAGGCCAUGCACCCCAGACGUUACAGUGCAUUCUUCUAUUGCAAUGCUACGACAUUUGUAGCAUCUUUGGUGAUCAUAACCUUACUUCAGAGCAAGCUGAUUACCAUUGGUGCUAUUAAGCACCACAUAUUGCAAACAACCAUGAUACUGGAUCUCUUUGGUCUUAUGGGGGCCUAUGCUGCUGGAAGCAGCAGAAAGUUCUCGACAUCUGUCUAUGUGUUCAUCUUAAUGCUUCUUGUUUUCAUCUAUGUCAUACUUCAUAUUCUGCUAUCUGUGGCUCUGAAGACACGACUGAAUUGGAUAAUAAAUCAUUUUAGAAGAAAUGAUACAAUUGAUAGUGAUGAUGAAGAGAAGAAUUUGGAAAAACAGCGUAAGUUUCUUAUGUUACUUGCAGUACUUGCAGCUUCUGCCACAUAUCAGGCUGGCAUAAACCCGGGUGGCUUCUGGGCUGACAAUAAUGGUGGCCACCGAGCAGGUGACCCAGUGUUCCUUGAUGAGUUUCCGCUCCGCUACAAGGUUUUCUUCUAUUUCAAUGCCACUGCUUUCGUGGCAUCCCUAGCUGUGAUUAUGUUGCUUGUUAGUAAAAGGUUAUUUCAUAAGGGCCUCCAAUCCUAUGCGCUGCGUGCAUGUGUCCCGAUUGAUCUGAUGAGCCUCAUGGGUGCUUUUGCCACUGGAAGCUGCAGGAAAGUGUUAACAUCGGUGUAUGUCAUCCUCGUUGUUCUUGCAGUGUCUGUUUAUGUCAUGAUUCAAGUCCUGGUUCUGACAUUUGCCAAGGACAAGGUGAAUGAUUUCCUGGAAAGGAUGUUCAGCAUAGGGGCUUUUGAGCGCCAACAUACAUCCAUAAAUCAUGAGAGAAUUACUGUCACAUACCAAGCUGCACUGCUCCCACCAGGUGGGAUCUGGCCUGAUGACCAGGAAGGCCAUUUUGCUGGUGAUCCAAUUCUUCUUGAUACCCACCCAAGACGGUAUAAGGUAUUCUUCUAUUACAAUGCCACAACAUUCAUGGCGUCGAUAGUCAUGGUAAUUUUCUUGUUGAACAAUGCAAUAAGCAAGUACAAGAGAUCUCUCCUUGCCAUGAAAACAGCAAUGGUAUUGGACUUGCUCGGUCUGCUCGGUGCAUAUGCUGCAGGCAGCUGCAGGAAGUUGAAGACAUCUGCUUACAUUUUGGUGCUUGUCAUUGCCGUGUUCAUCUACAUUGUAAUGCAUGUAUUGUUGUCAUUUGACAAGGUGGCUUUAUUGGUGAGAAGAAUGUAA